AUGGCCAUACUUGCGCCCGAAAGAAUCGACCUACCAACAGUUGCGGAGAUCGAAGCCUCGCCGGAUGUGUUGAGUAUUCGGACAAACGCUAUCAAAGUCGUUCGGGUCCGGGAACGCUUCGCAGUCAAGUUUGGCUAUUCUAUUCCACCCCUAGAAGCAGAGAACAUGAAAUUCGUCGCACACAAUAGCAACGUUCCGGUGCCGACGGUUCACGACAACUUUCUCGAUCGGGAAACUCAAAAGAGAUAUAUCAUUAUGGAUUAUAUCCCAGGCAUGGACCUCUAA